CCUCUCCGGCCAGCCAUGGAAGCCUUCGCCGCCGCCCCCGCGGCCGGCGUCUUCGCGUCCGCGCGGCCCUCCGUCGCGCUCCGCCGCCGCGGAAGCAGCAGAGGGGCCUCCUCCUCUUCCUCGCGCGCCGGCGCCGGACGGGUGCGCCUCGUCCGCCCGCUGCCGCCGCCGCGCGCCGUGGGCGGGGACGGCGGGGGGGACCUGCCGGCUCUGGACAAGUGGGACAUGAUGGAGCUCGAGUUCGGGCGGUUCCUCGGGGAGGACCCCAAGCUCACCCUCGCCAAGAUACUGCUCAAGAAGUCAGACCCCGAUGCUUCAUCUCUCGAUGUAGAGAAACUAGUUGCCAGCAAAAAGGACACGCUGGAUGUUAUUUUGAAGGAGUUCAUGGAAGCUAAUAAGCAGGACAAGACUGCCACCGCAGGAGAGGCAAUAAGCGCGCCAAUGAAAGACAAACAGCCUUUGGGUGUUUCAAGGCCUGCACUGAGCAAACCAAAGCUGGAUGAGGCUUCUUUGGCUAUGAUACGGCCAGCGGGAAGCAAACCGAAGCAAGUCGAACCUCCUUUGACUUUUGUGAGACCAGCAGCGAUCAAACCAAAGGUAAAUAAGCCUUCUUUGACCUUGAUGCGGCCAAUGGGGAGCAAACCAAAAGUACAAGCUAAGCUGGUGCAAGAUAGUUGGCCUAGCAAGGAGAGUUUAGCUGCAGGAACAGAGACAAGUGAGGUUGGAAGUACCGUAACAGAGGAUCUUGUGGACGUCACCUUGCGUAAACCCGUCGUGCAUCAGAGUGAAGAUGAUGAACAGGAGCCGGAGCUGAAGAUGAAACCAAAUGUCGACUUGAAAAUGAGGAAAGAUAUGGAUGAGGAUUUAUCCAACAUUUCUCUUCUUCAAAAGCCAGAGGCCACAAAAGAGACUGCUAAGGCACUUGACUCGACCGUAGUUGCCGCUGGAGAGGAUACCAAUGAACGUGAGGAAGGACUACAGCCAUCUGAGGAAAGUUUACCUCAACAAAUAGACUCGCCUGCUCUGGAUAACCCAUCAGUGACUGACAACAAUUUUUCUAUGCAAGCUUUCUUGCAAGGAAGACCGAGGAAAGACCUGCCUGUUGAAACUUCACCAUCUCAAGUGGAUGCUGAGAAUAAAAGUGAUAGUGAUGAUAAAAAAAGUUAUGUUGACGAUGGGGGCAAUGUCUUAUCAUCAACAUUAGAGGACAUUACUGAGAGUGACUGGACAAGGCUAGAGCAUUAUGCAAGUACUGGAGAAAGGGUUGAGGUGGAACUUAUUAACUGCAGUGCGAAGGGAUUUGUGGUGUCACUCGACUCAAUGAUAGGUUUCUUACCAUAUCGUAACCUUGCUACAAAAUGGAAAUUCUUAGCUUUUGAGACUUGGUUAAGAAGGAAGGGUGGUGAUCCUUCCUUGUACAAGCAGAGUAUGAGCAUGGAGGAAGGUUCCGAGGUUAAUGAUAGGAGCAUAGAAACAGAAUCUGUUUCAGAAGUAGCUCAUCAGGACCAAGGAACUCUGCAGUCUAGGCUCAAGUUUGAAGAACUUCUUCGAACAUAUGACGAAGAGAAAUCCAAGUUCUUAUCAUCAUUUAUUGGUCAAAGGCUCAGAGUAUCAGUUGUCCUGGCUGAUAGGAAUUCCAAGCGACUAUUCUUCUCCAUGAGGCCAAAAGAAAGUGACGAGUUGAUUCAGAAAAGGAAAAGUCUGAUGGCUAAGCUUAAUGUUGGAGAUAUAGUCACAUGCACUAUCAAGAGAUUUGUUUACUUUGGGAUAUUUGUUGAGGUUGAAGGGGUUCCUGCGCUGAUUCAGCAGUGGGAAGUGUCCUGGGAUGAGACCUUAGAUCCAUCAGUUUCUUACAGAAUUGGUCAGGUUGUUGAUGCUAAAGUUAUACAACUGGAUUUCAACAAUAGCCGUAUCUUUUUGUCACUUAAAGAUGUAAAGCCAAGCCCGCCAGUAGGAGCCUUGGAAGCAGUCAUUGGUGAUGAAGCGUCACUUGAUGGAUCUCUUGAACCUGCACAAGCAGAUUUUGAGUGGCCUGAGGUGGAUUCCCUUAUUGAGGAGCUGAAAAACAUAGAGCAAGUUAAAGAUGUUUAUAAAGGAAGGUUCUUCCGGAGCCCAGGAUUAGCUCCAACAUUCCAGGUAUAUAUGGCAUCUUUGGUUGGCCAAAAGUAUAAGGUCCUUGCGCGGUAUGGAAACAAUGUGCAAGAGGUGAUGGUGGAGACGUCGUUAGACAAAGAAGGGUUGAAAGAGGCAAUUUUGAUGUGCACAAACAGGGUGAGCUGAUCAUCAGGGUUUCCACGCCGGAACCGCACACGGCCAAUUUUCACGAGACCAUUUUAUGACCUGUACCGACUCGAUCUCAACAGAGAGGAAGAGAUUCCUAGGACGAAGAGCUCUCCAGCAGAACAAGAUUUUGUUGUUUUUGACCACUUUGUAAAUCCCUGAUAUUUCCCCUUACCAAAUUCAUAUCGAGCUUCCAUGUUCCGAAUGGCGUCCUACGUGAGUGAAUCGUGGGUCUAGAGACAGAAGCUGUGGUUGGGAGAACUGUUGUGCAGAUGUAGUUUAAUGUUAAGUUGGGUUAAAAUUGUGCAAUUUGGUGCCUCAGCGGUAUGAGUUGAGGAGAUUUCAGGGUGGUCAUGACAUAUCUAUCCAUCGGUGUGAGUUCUAGCCAUCUGAAUUCAA